CUUCACUCUUACGCGCAUCACUACAUUGACGCAUGCGCCACAAUUCAAUUGCAAUCAGCUGUCAGAAAGAACAUAAUCACGUAAAAAACAAAAUUAUUUGUGUCUUUAGAUAAUUCCCGUCAAUAUGGCGGGUCAAAAUCCGGGUUCGCCGACUGACUUUCAGUACUUUUACGAGGAUGAAGUGUAUAAAAUCAACAAUCACGGCCAAGUGAUCUUCGGUCUGGUGCUCGAGAACUAUGAAGCCAACUCCAGCGACCAAGAAAGCGAUAUGGAGACACCCAUUCAAAAAGGCGAAAUUCGUGUUGUGUGGCACCCGUCAGGCACCGAACGUGUCAUAUCAGAGAAAUCGGUUGGUCUGGCCGAUCGCUCCCUGAUGCCGGGCGACGUGGUCCGCCGCCUUAUCGCCGGCAAGGACACGCAACGUGGCUACUGUCGCGACAUCGUGAUGACAGCCGCGCUUCAAGUCGUGGGAACUAAACACGUCAUCCCAAGUGUGGCUAGUGAGCGUCUACAGCCGCUUGAGGAGUUCACACCCGACCUGGCUGUUUGUCUCGACUCGUGGGUCGGAACUUCUAAGUCAGUGAACAGCAAACUCCGUCUGGUAUCAGCAGACGGGUCCCGGCUCGAAUACCAAGACUUAGAGAACUGUCCCCUGGAAGACUACUCUUUGCGUCGUCGACGCUCCACGCCUUACUCUUCCUCGGAGUUCUACCCCGGGCAGGUGGUCUACGGGCCGCUGGGAGCGCUCGACAGCGCCAACUGGCUCCACAUGACGAAGGAGAUGAAGGCUGCGAGGAAACAUAAGAUGCACGAUCAUAAGUUCACUGUGGAAGCCGUGGUCACGGAGAGCGUUGGCGUCCACUGGCAGUGCCGCGCGUUGUCCAAGGAAACCAAAGAGGCAGCGCCACAGCAACCCAAGUACCUUGUGGAAGCUGAUGAGCUGAAGAACUUAAAACUGCUGAAUGUGUUCGAGCCGUGCACGCUGCAGGUCGGCGACCGGAACUUCCUCACUAUUGGUGCCGAAGACACUUUCGUCAGCAAACAGCAAUGGCGGAAACAGCAAAGUAAAUUCUACAGGAGCAUUCGCAAGCAAACCCGACCCAGCAAGAAGCAGAAUUCGGAGCAUGUGCCCUCGCGGCCGAAGAAGCGCGCAUCUGCACAUCGCAAACUCAAGUCCGUCGAUAACGAAAUGGAGGUGGACCCUUCAGAGAACACUCUAGAAUCUCUAGACGAGGCGCUGAAGGUGGACUCGAACUGCCCCAGCAUCAAGAUCGAGCCGAGCGCAGACGUGUCUCUGCCUAUCGUCAGCAGUCAGGAAGACACUGUUACUGAGGAGAAAAACGACUCUGGGAUUAGCGGGCUAAGUAAAUCGCACAUCCACAGUCCCGAGCCGAACAAGGAGAACAGCGAGCUGCUGAACGGCGACAGCAAGUCGGAGCUCGGGCUCAACGACGACGACUCGGACAACUGGGAGAAUACUAGCAGCGAUGGCAGUGACACCGAUAGCGGCGCGACAUGGUCGUCCCGCUGCUCGUCGGCGGCGUCGACGCGCGGCAAGCGGUCGCCGCAGCUGGCCGUGCGGCUGCUGCGCGGCAAGCGGCUCAAGCGCGCCGUGCGCCGCGCCCCGCCCGCGCCGCCGCCCCGCGUCGGCGACCGCGUCGUCGUCGAGACGCUGCACACCACCAGCCGCGCCAACGUCGUGUGGCAGGAUGGCACCAUAGAGAUGGGGAUCCCAUCGACCCAGUUGUACCCAAUCCACCAUCUGGACGGGCAGGAGUGCUUCCCGGGAGACUUUGUUGUGAGCGGCGCAGCCAACACUGAGGAGAACCAACAUCUGAAACACAGAGAAUAUGGCGUAGUGCAGCGAGUCGAUCACCACGGACGCACCGCCAUCGUGCACUGGUACCGCACCUACACCAGCGCCGACGAGCCUGUUCCUCAAAUGCUGCACGAGAGCGAGAUGAGCGUGUACGACCUGAAGGACCACCCCGAUUUCCAGUACAGACCGGGGACAGUCGUCAUACGAGUGGCCAACUUUACCGGCGAAGACUCAACUUGCACCGCGGGACAGGUGAUCGACAAUUUCCCGUCCGGGCGCGUGAAGGUGUGGUGGGUGGACGGCCACUUGAGCAUGUGCUGGCCGCAAGACCUCUACAAGGUGGGCGAGUACGACUCUGAAGAGGGUGAACUGUGGGGCUCGGACGGAUCUGGGUCGGAGGACUCUUGGGAGACGCAGAGCUCCGCGCACGACGCCGAGCCGCGCACGCCGCUGGCGCCCGUCCCGGACAUGACUAUGCGCCGUGAUAUGUUCGAGAACGUGGCUGCGAUCAAGCUCGGCGAGACGACCGUGACCAGCCCAGCAGUCCCCCGUCUCCUGGAGCCUCGGGUAGCGGCGCACAUCGAGCGCGGCAGGGUCGCCAUGCGCCGCCUCGAGGAGAUGUUCGCUAAACACCCUACUUUGCAAAGCCAGGAGAUCAUGCGCAAGUUACUGAAUCUGUACAAAGAUUGCAGAUUUCUGGAUCGUUUGAUGGGCACAUCUUUCUUCCACGAAGAUCAUUUUCUGGGUCUCCUCGAGCGCGUCCGCGAGCGCGGCGCGAGCACGCCGCGCUCGGGCGAGCGGCGCGUGCACGAGCAGCUGGCGCGGCUGUUCGCGCCCGCCGAGCCCGCCGACGACGAGCGCCCGCCCGACGAGCGCGCCAUCAUCACCGCCAACGUCUGCGUCGAAGCCAUGGAGGUGGAAAACACGACAUCUAAGAAGCAGCCGGAACUGUCCAUGGAGACCAUCUCCCUCCAGCCCUCGGGAUCUGACGCCGGUACUGAUGAUGACAUAACGGUCAUAGCGGACACCCCGGCCGUGGAGCCCUCGGAUGUGGACGGCACGACUCGCAACGUGUGCUACAAACUCUGCUCCCUCAUCCACUCGCAGCUCGUGAAGGCGCACAAGGAAGUCAGCCGGAGAAGGCCCCAAGAAUUGGCCGAAUUUCUAAACGGCUUAAUGGAAAAGCAAAACGUGAAUGAAGAGAAGUUACCCUACCACUUUACAGUUCAAUACGGCGCGCUGGUGGUGAGCAUGGCGGACCAGGAGGCGGCCGGCGAGAGCGAGACCGGACAGGCCAAGGAGCCCGCGCCGGUGCAGGCCACGGAGAGCGUCCCAGCGACAACGGAGACAGCCCCUCUAGCGACCGCCGAGCCCCUGGACGUGGAGCCGUUGCCGUUGCCCUUGCCCUUGGUCGGCGACACCGAGGCGGCCGAGGGCGGCGAGGGCUUCAGCGUGCUCGACGCCGCGCCCGCGCACCACCGCUUCCGGCUCUCCAUGCUGCAGCCCUCCGAGCCCCGGAGCUUCUACUCGGCCGUCAAGCGCGAGAUCAAGCUGCUGAAGAGCGACCUGCCGCCCGGGGUAUGGGUGCGCGGCUUCGAGGACCGCAUCGACCUCCUAUCCGUGAUGAUCGCUGGCCCGAGCAAGACGCCGUACGAGGGCGGGCUGUUCGUGUUCGACGUGCAGCUCGGCGGCGAGUACCCGCGCGCGCCGCCGCUGUGCCACUACCACUCCUACUGCACCGACCGCCUCAACCCCAACCUGUACGAGGACGGCAAGGUGUGCGUCUCUCUGCUGGGCACAUGGUCAGGACGCGGUGUUGAAGUGUGGGGCAAGGACAGCUCGCUGCUGCAAGUGAUCGUGUCACUACAGGGGCUCAUCCUCAACGCAGAGCCCUACUUCAAUGAGGCCGGCUACGAGAAGCAGAAGGGCACACAGCAGGGCACGGAGAACUCGCGCAUGUACAACGAGAUGGUCCUGCUGAAGCUGGUGCAGUCCAUGACGAAGAUGCUGACCAACCCGCCCGAGCCGUUCCGCGACGAGAUCCUGCAGCACCUGCGCGCGCACGCGGCCUCGCUCUGCCACCGCCUGGAGAGCUGGGUGGACCUGUCCAACGGCGCGGCCGACAUCCCUCCCCCCGACUUCCCCCUGGUGCCCGCCUCCCGCGGCUUCUGCCUCACCUUAAAAUCCUCCCUCGAAUCGUUCCGCGCCGCGCUCCGUCGCAACGACAUCGCUUUAGAGUUAUAGCCCGAGUAACGCACGCCUAGAUAGCGAUUAGUACUUAAAAUGUUAUUUAUACGCGCUCGUACGUGUACGAAAGCAAAAAAAUACGCCGGACGCGCUCGGGCCUCUCAAAUCUAUGUAGUUAUAGUAUUUAUUGUGAUGUACUUUUUCGACUAUAGGAAUAUUUUAGUCCGAACCGGCGGUAGUUGUAUUGUUUAUCUCGUUUUAUUUCACUUUUGAAUGAUAUAAAGAAUCUGCGCGAGGCGUCGCGUUAGUAUUAUGCAUGCCGGCGGCUCCGUCCUUCGUAUUACUGGUCUAAUAUGACGCCACGGGGUCCGUCUCAUUAUUCAAUCAAAUUCUAAAUGAAUGUUCAAUCUUAUGCGAAAUACCUAAAUCAUUGUUAGAUUUAAUAAUUGAUAAAUUAUUAUAAAUGAUUUGUUAAAGUAAUCUAGCUACUUUUCAUGCGUCAUCCUAUAAUGUUACAAUAGAUUAAUGUUUAUUACAAUUUUCUUGCGAGACGACGCUUGUGCUGUUAUAUUAUUGCAGCAUGCUAUAAAUUCGAUAAAGACACGUAUUUUUAGAUUAUUUAAAAUAAACCUCUCGGAAAGCCGAGAGUCGUUGUCGAGUUUUGGCAACUGUCACAACCUGUUAUAAGGAUGGAUGUAUGAAUUUUGUAACUAGUGUAUCUCGGCAAAUGUUAUUUUGUGAACGUGUGAUGUUUCGUGGCGUGUUUAAACUCCUGUUUUUUAUGUAAUUGUAAUUUCUUAUUUUUAUUUUAUAUAGCGAGAAUUAUUAUUUUAAUCAAAA